UCCUAGAUGGGACCCCUGACCCAGUGACCUCUGACCCGGUCGGCUGUGACCCCGGGAUACCCCACCCUGCAAGCCUCGACCCCAGGACUCUCAACCCCUCCAACCAUGAUCCCGUUGAUCUCAACUCCGCCAGAUGUAACACCACGACACCACACCACUGUGAGACCCCUGACCCUGCGACUUCUGACCCCAACCACAACCGAUCAAUUCCAGACUGGCAGGGGAUGACAGGACCUGGAGUGGAUGCAGUGAGUUAUGAAGACGUGCAUGUGAACUUCACUGAGGAAGAGUGGAAUUUGCCGGAUCCUUCCCAAAAGAGUCUUUACAAAGAUGUGAUGCUGGAGACCUUCCGGAACCUCACAGUUAUAGGCUAUCGUUGGGAAGACCAUCAUAUUGGAGAAUAUUGUCAAAGUUCCAGAAGAUAUGAAAGGCAUGUAAGAAGUCAUACUGGAGAGAAAUGA